CACAAUCAUUGUUAAGUCUAUUUUGUACAUUACUUGAUUGAUCCAAGGAACGAUUUAAACAAGAUCAUUUAAGAUGUAUACGCUAUUAAUUUUGUUUUUAACUUUGUUUGACGUUUGUAGAACGGACUCCUCUGCACAGUGGGAUCCUGCAUGUGGAAUAAGCAAGUACCCGGAUGCUGGUUCGGAGAGACCGGGGCGAGCGAAGCGAAUUGUGGGAGGGACACUCUCAAGACAGGGUGAAUUUCCAUGGAUUAUCUUCGUUUCAGGUGAGUAUUGAAAGUGGCGAUAGUGGUUUCCAUGGUUGCAAUGGAUUCAUCAUAGACUCACAGUGGGUCGUGUCAGCACAGCAUUGUUAUGGAGUCGGAACAGACCCAGCAGAUCUUACCAUCUGGGUACAGAAUUUCUACCAGUACCCCCAAGACGGAACACCUCACACACCUACUACAAUCGUGUUUCAUCCCGACUACGACAAUGAAAGUUACGAGCACGACAUCGUCAUGAUGAAACUCCCGACCCCCUUGGUGUGGAACGACGACUUGAGACCGAUUUGUAUGCCUGAGGCUGGAAACCUGUAUGAAGGCGCUGACGCUUGGCUUGCAGGAUGGGGAAAUGAGUACCAAGGGGGACCUCCUACUGCGGACCUUCAGCAUGUUCAACUGACAAUCAUCACAAAUGACGACUGUAAGAUUCAGGUUGGUCCAAAUGAUGAGUGGAUGGUCCUGCCCAACACGUUGUGCCACAGAGGAGACGGCAAGGACGCCGGGGAUGGUGACAGCGGUGGAUUGAUCAUGGUGAAGGACAGUAACAACACAUUCCGUGCCGCUGGUAUUCAAUCCUGGGGCUACUGGCCCGCUGGUGAGAGACCGAGUGUGUGCACGAGGAUAACAUCCCAUAUUGAUUAUAUAAACCAAGUUAGGCAAAAUAAUUAGAUGUAAAAUAAAAAUUGUAUAGUGAAACCUGCAUAUCCGAACAUCUGGCUAAUAAUCUAAACGUCUUCCAAUCCGAACACUUUUUCCAGUCCAAUAAUUUCCUCCCAUUGGUCCUCGUGUUAAAAAACCUUGAAAUCAGAACUCUUACAAAAUUGCUCAAAUAUUUUCAAUUUAACACUGAUGGUUAAAUGAUAUCAAAACUUUUGAAAAAUGUCAAAUGGACUCAAUCCUAAUGAGUCAAGUUCAUUUUAAUAGGAUUUUGGAAUACAAUAAAGCUACAUGGUCAAUAGAAAUGAUAAUACCAGUA